AUGGCAGGGGCUAUUUGCCGCGGUUUGUCGCAUAAUACGUCAGGGACAGUCUCGGGCUGGUUCGAGGAGGGGAUCGGAGGCCGGGUUCGCAGCUAUUUCAAGGAUAGAUUGUUGUUGGGGCUGAAGGAACUCAACCAACAGCUUCUAUGCCAGGCGUCAGUUUAUCUCUCUCGUAACACAACUGCCCCACGGAGAAGCAACGGUCGAGUGGAGGGGGAACUGGACAUUGAAGGUGGGAUGUCGCCGACCCACUAUAGCGAUAGUCCCCUUUUGUUGCUAGCGGUGUGCAUCAGGGUUCUGGCCACAAGGCACAAGGGCACUGUUUGGCUCGGAUCCCCACUAUUAUUACCUGAAAUCCCGCACACGGGCCACCGUCAUUUUGUUACCGCCCUCACCUUUCACGGCUUCUUCCCAACCUCACUUCAUCUUUCCCCCCUUCCACCACCACCACCGCAUCUUCGACUGUUCGACAUUUCCACGCCUUUUUCAAAAUAUUCAAGAUCGAUCCUCACAGCCCUCACAAUGAUGCCCACUAGCUGGCCUCCGGCACCGCCUCCAGGCGUUGCCUACGGAGCACCUCCCGCCAACUAUGCUUACCCUCCCAUCCAGGCUCGACAAAGCUUCGGCCAGUAUCCUCCCCCACCCGCUGCACCUGCCUACAGUACUUCGCCGCCUCCCUUGGCUGCUCCCUUCGACCAAGCUGCUCCUGUUGCUCCUGCCCCGGCUCCACGAAAGGUUGAAUGGCCACCCUCCGUCCGCGAUUACGUCCAACGGUCUUUCCUGCCUCACAACAUGGACCCCUCCGUGCCACGCCCCGAGAUUGAAGCCAAGUUGAAGGAGACCAUUUCCCAGCACAUGGAGAACGGCACUCUCGAGUCAACCGACUGGGAGAAGAUGCCAUUUCCCUCCGAUCUGAUCCGAAACGAGCGCCAAUCCCAGCUCAACUCCGCUAUGAACGUCUCAUCUCCAUUUGCAUCGCGAUAUGAUGGUUCAAUGUCUGCCAACCCCAAGAAGAGAAAGUCGUCUGAUUUUACCCCGGAUGAAAAGUCUUCUGCCGUGCCUUGGCGUACUACUAACAGCAACCGAUCCAACGCACUGGAAGACCGAAUCACCUUCGCCUCCCCCGACAAACGCGCCAACCUCGAUGAGCCACUGCCCAAGUCAAGUAAGUUCCAGAAGCAGUUGGAGAAACGUCAACGCCGCUUCGAUGGCGGCUACAAAUCCUCGUACCGAUCGCCUAGCCCUCCGCCCUCUGAUGGACCCGUCGUCGGCACCAGCGAAACUUUGGAGAAGCGCUACCUGCGUCUGACCGCUCCUCCCGUGGCCUCCAUGGUUCGGCCCGAGCGCGUCCUUCACAAGACGAUGGAUCUCCUGAAGAAGAAGUGGAAGAAGGAGGGCAAUUACUCUUACAUCUGCGACCAGCUGAAAUCCAUGCGGCAAGAUCUGACAGUGCAGCGGAUCAAGAACGACUUUACAGUCACCGUUUACGAACUCCACGCUCGAAUUGCGUUGGAGAAGGGGGACCUUGGUGAGUAUAAUCAGUGCCAAACCCAGCUGCGUACUCUGUACGCAAAGGGACUGAAAGGAAACCCCAUCGAGUUCAAGGCAUAUCGCAUUUUGUACUUUAUUCACACUGCCAACCGUACCGGCCUGAAUGAUGCCUUGGCAGAUCUAACCACAGCAGAGAAGGAGGAGCGACCCAUCAAGCAUGCGCUCCAGGUGCGGUCCGCUCUUGCCUUGGGUAACUACCACAAGUUCUUCCAGCUUUACCUGGACACCCCUAACAUGGGUGCGUACCUCAUGGACAUGUUCGUCGUUCGUGAGCGUCUAGCUGCUCUGUGCAACAUUUGCAAAGCAUACAAGCCAGACGUAAAGUUACGGUUCAUCACGGAGGAACUCGGCUUCGAGUCCGACGUUGAUGCGGCUCAAUUCAUUGUCGACUACAAUGGUCAGCAUCUGCUCGAGGAACGACAAGAGUCUAUUGCUCUCUUGACCGGCAAAGCCGGAGCCCUCUUCGACUCCGCCAGAAGCGAGGCUUUCCGCAAGGCUUUGAUCUGUGGACUCAUUCCUCCUCGUUUCCUCUUUCUUCUCUUGUUUUCCUACCGACAGUUUCACAACAUUGGCUUCUUGGUUACGAGCUUACGAAUUAUCGCUUUCUACCUCGCUGCCCGCCCCCCUCUGAUGGCAUUGACGCUUACGCACAGCUCCACGCAGCGGGGACAUGUUCGGUUGUUUCUCUCGAAGACAGCGCUGGAUGAGGGGUGCGAUGCUUGCGCAAAAGUGGCUCCGCCGCUGAUGACGACCGACGUUACCGGCUUGGUGCUGGUCUUGGGCUCUGGGGGCUUUAUAGGCAUGAUACCCGUUCGCCCUGCCUCAGCAGAGGCAACAGGAUGGCGUUUGAGCGGAAAAUACAUGGAAUCUAUCUCCAUGACGGCUAGAUGGCGACUGGAGUUUGUUCUGGACGUUUGCAUAUACGUCACUCCGCUUUAA